AUGGCGACGCAGGAGAGACAAGCGACUAAGGCGGUCGUCAGUAAUGGCGAGGUUAGCAGUAACGGAAGCGCUGCGACAACAGACGGUCAGACGGUGCAGACGACAGAAAAUGCACAGGACCCUCAACAGCAGCAACAACAACAGCAGCAGCAGCAGCAGCAACAGCAACAAGCACCUAAUGCCUGGCAAGUUAUUAAAGGGGUUCUCUUCAGAAUUUUUAUCAUCUGGGCCAUCAGUAGCUGGUUCCGUCGAGGGCCGUCCACUCCAGACCCCAACACCCCGGCCGGGGCCCCCAGAGUACCGAGCAGGAACCUCUUCACUAAGGACACCUUAAUGGAUAUGUACGUGUACAUCUCCCAAGAGGAAGUCUUCACCGACUUCAACAACACAGAUUCUCUCUUCUGGUUCCAUCGGGACCUAGUCUACGGAGACUGGUCCACGGGGGAGAACGGGGACGGCUGCUAUGAGCACUAUAAAGAGAUGGCUAUCCCUGAGGCCGUGCAGCAGAACGGCUCCCUCUACAUUCACGUAUAUUUCACGAAAAGUGGACUGCAGCCAGACCCCACCCGGAAAGGGCAGUAUCGCCGACUGGCAACUGUUCAUGCAUCGCGAAUGCUGAACAAAUUCAAACGUAGGAAGUUCAUGAAGACCAAGAAUCUGCUCACGGGAGAGACUGAAGCAGAUCCUGAGAUGAUUAAGCGAGCAGAGAGCCACGGUCCUGUGGAGAUCAUCUCUCACUGGCACCCCAACCUCACCAUCAACAUGGUGGAUGACCACACAGCCUGGGUGAAGGGCUCUGUCCCACCUCCGCUAGACCAACAUGUAAAGUUUGAUGCACUGAGCGGUGACUACUACCCAAUCGUGUACUUCAAUGACUACUGGAACCUUCAGAAGGACUACUAUCCCAUCAACGACACCCUGACAACACUGCCACUUCGCCUCAACUACUGUCCGCUAUCCUUGUGGCGCUGGCAGCUUUACGCUGCCCAGAACGCUCGCUCGAUAUGGAACUUCCUGCCCGAGGACACCUAUGAGCAUGAUGAGGAUCAGGACUCUGUCAAGGUGGCCCUGCUAGAAACCAACCCCUACCUUCUAGGACUCACCAUUGUGGUCUCCAUCGUUCACAGCAUCUUUGAGUUUUUGGCCUUUAAAAAUGACAUCCAGUUCUGGAACAGUCGACAGUCUUUGGAAGGCCUGUCUGUGCGCUCCAUCAUCUUCGGAGUUUUCCAGUCUCUGGUGGUGCUGCUGUACAUUCUCGACAACGAGACCAACUUUGUGGUGCAGGUCAGCGUCUUCAUCGGCCUUCUCAUCGACCUCUGGAAAAUCACCAAGGUUAUGGAUGUUAAAUUGGACAGAGAGAACAAAAUCGCCGGAGUUUUCCCGAGACUCGUUUUCAAAGACAAAUCUACAUAUGUGGAGUCCUCUACCAAAAUCUAUGACGAUAUGGCAUUCAAGUACUUGUCAUGGCUUCUCUACCCUCUGUUCGGUUGUUAUGCCGUCUACAGUUUAUUGUAUGUGGAGCACAAAGGCUGGUACUCAUGGGUACUCAGCAUGCUAUACGGCUUCUUGCUAACCUUCGGCUUCAUCACGAUGACGCCGCAGCUAUUCAUCAACUACAAAAUGAAGUCAGUCGCCCACCUCCCGUGGAGGAUGCUCACAUACAAGGCUCUCAAUACGUUCAUUGAUGACCUGUUUGCCUUUGUCAUCAAGAUGCCAAUGAUGUACAGGAUAGGAUGCCUCAGAGACGAUGUGGUCUUCUUCAUCUACCUGUAUCAGCGCUGGAUUUAUCGAGUAGACCCCAACAGGGUAAACGAAUACGGAACCAGCGGAGUAGAUCAUCAACAGAAUAACACGGCGGUGGCCGCAUCCAACGUCCCAGUCACUACAGACAAACCAGAAGGGGAGAAAAAGAAUGAUUAA